CUCUUUCCUUGGUUGCUGUUUCUGUCUUUCUUCCCUUCCUCAUUGCAGAGCUGCCUUAGAUAUAUAUAUUUCAGGCAACCAGGAGGUGUGUUUGCUGACAUCACCAAAUAAAUCCUGUGCAGGAGUGUAAAGUGGUUAUUUCAAAUAGGCAGGCAGGGGCGGCUGCUGCGGCUGCUGCGGCUGCUGCUGCUGCUGAGUGCCCGGUUGAUUCCACUGCCUGGGAAUUACUAUACUUAGAAAGGGGGAAUGAGAGAGCAGCUUGGUCUUUGGCAACUUGCGGCCCCACUCUUCUUCCCUCCUCGAUCUCUCCCCUGCUGGCUUUUACAGGGAACAUCCAGAGAUUACAAACGUGACGCAGAGCUGGGACGCCCGAUCAUUCAGUGCAAAAGGCACUGCCAAGGAAUCUGCUGGUAAUACCAGACUCAAAAUCUGUAGCUGCCUGAACAGAGAGAAGAGGAGAUUGCCUUUUCCAUUCUUUGCAUCAUUAAGUUGCUCAGCUUGUAGCAGAUGGGACUUGCAAAGAUGACCACAGCUUGAUGGCCUGAGUUUUUUUAUAAACUUUUGAUCCCUCCGGGUUUGCUUCUGAUACUUUUCCUUUGCAAAAGAAGUUGUCCUUGGAGGUUUUUUUUUUACGAGCAACUUCAGUUGUCUACUCCAUUUCCAUCUUCCACCCUCUCUCAAUGCCUGUGUGGAUGCACAAGGCUGUCAAGUGUUUGGUGUAAACCAGGAGCCUCCCAACAUUCUAGCCAUGUCCUCUGUAGAUGGUUUGCAGUAUUGGGCUCUUUAUGAGUAUAAGAAGGAUCGGGAGGAAGACCUGGCUCUCUGCCCUGGAGACUUACUCAUGGUCAACAGGGCAGGGCUUGCAUGUAUGGAUUAUAAGGAGGGAGAUGAGAGAAAUCCCCAAGGCUGGCUAAAUGGCUUCAAUGAAUGUACCAAGGAAUGGGGAGACUUUCCAGGCACUUAUGUAGAGUACUUGGGCCCUGUGAGGAUUGUGGCUACCAUGCCAAAAUCAAGGCCCAGACCACUACCACCAGCACCCACGGAGACAUCCUCCAGUCACCUGUGGGGACCCCCUGGGCAGAUCGAAUUUGUUGAUCAGUUAAAUCUCCCUGAACAAGCACUACUGGUUGUGAAGAGACUUAUUGAAGCUUUAGAAAAAGAAGGCUUAGAUAAUGAAGCUCUUUACCGAUCCCCUCCCACUUCCUUUUGUGACCCUCAACUCAAGCAGAUACUUCUGAAAGACCUGGCGUCUGUUGAACUAGAUAGAUUUGAUGGGCAGACAUUAGCUGAAGUGCUCAGAUGUUACCUGCAGGAGCUCCCUUGCCCUGUGAUUCACUCAGCAACAUACAGUGAAUUACUCUACGUAAUUCAAGAAACUCAGACCCCAGAGGAAUGUGGUCAACAGAUAAAAGUGAUCCUGGAAUCUGCCUGCCUCCCUCAAUGGCACAGACUCCUGCUGCAGCAUCUGACCAGACAUUUCUGUAAACUAUGCCAGAAUGGCAGCAGGAAUCACCUCACCCCCAGGGUGCUUGGAGAAGCCUUAAGUGAAGUGCUUUUUAAACCAUCCCCAUCAAGCAUGGAAGUGAAUCCUGAGCACCGUGUGAAGAUUAUUGAGGCUCUUAUUGUUGUUGGUGGAGUGUCAGAAAUCCAGGCAGCACCAGAUUCCUGCUGUCAGAUAGGAUUGGGUUGAUUCAGGAGGAAAGAGAAGAAAAGCUUCCCAGAAUACCAGGGAGCUCUAUAGGCUCCACAACACCAGAGAUGGCACAGAGGAGUGAUCCUGUCGACAACCCAUUCCAUUUUUCUGUUCUAGAGUGAGAUCAGAGCAUCAACAGGAGUGUUGACAAUGUCAGUCAGAAAAUCCCCCAGAGCAUUCAGGAAUCCAUCGAGAUGCCAUAAGUCUCUAAGGGUGGACCAUCUUAAUGGGUCUACCACCACUGUCAAACCAAACCUCACCAGGUAAUGGUCCACCCAUGACAACAGACUCACCACGAAUCUCCCUGUCAGUGGAAUACUGCCUUUAAAUCCGUUGCAAAG